GUGUCUCGCAUUCCCCCUCUCGACAGACGACAGUCGACUCUCCCUCCUCAUCCAGCCACCGUGCAUUCAUCUAAGCUCUCAACUGAGUCGACGCCGUCCAGGAAGAACCCGCACUCUCAAACCUGUUCUCAGCCGGCAACCGCUACAACCCAGCACUCACGGUUCUCUCAGCAGCAAGCAUCAAUGUCCUGCAAGAGGGUUUCGGUUCUGACUUCCAACUAUCUCACCGCUUUAUCUAAGGUAUGUUCUUCACGACGUUUCCCUCGGUCACAUUUCAGUAAAUUUCUAAGCACUGCGGCUGAAAGGUGGGAUUACGUUAGCCCUUAUAGCACCUCUCAGUUUGAGAAUCCUCCGUAUGGUACUCCAAGUUCACUAGGUUAUGAGCAGAAACAAAAUGGGUAUGCCUUAAACACUAACCAGGGUUUUGAGGUAUGCCCUACGGGUGAUUAUGGGGGGACUCAGUACCGGCAAAAUCCACAAGAUAUUUAUAAUUUUACUUCUUAUGGUCAAGUGAAACGUAAUACUAUUUCUCAUGGCCAAGUAACAAGCAACGUUAAUUUUUAUGGUCAAGUAUCUGCUAUUUCUGAAUCUAAGGAAGGUUUAACUGAGGUUUCUGAAACUAGCUCAAAUAAUGCUACGAUUGAGAUGCUGGAGGAAUUUUGCAAUAAAGUGAAUGUUAAAGAAGCAUUAGAAGUUUUGGGAUCGAUGAGACAGCAAGGUGUUCUUGUGGAUUUGACCCAAAUUUUACGCAUAACAAAGGCAUGUGGAGAAGUGGAAGCUUUACAAGAAGCGAAAACUGUUCACGAAUACCUCUUAGUAUCAUUUUCACCUCUCAAGAUAAGCAUCUAUAAUAGGAUUUUAGAGAUGUACAUGAAAUGUGGUUCGGCUGUUGAUGCAUUUGAUGUGUUUGACAAGAUGCCGAAGCGCAAUCUGACAUCUUGGGAUAUUAUGAUAACAUGGCUUGCUAGGAAUGGGCUAGGCGAGGAUGCCCUUGAUCUGUUUUCUCAGUUUAAGCAGGCAGGCUUGAAGCCAGACGCCAAAAUGUUCGUUGCUGUGUUUUACGCUUGUGGUGUUGUGGGUGAUACUAAUGAGGGAAUGCUCCACUUUUCAUCAAUGAGCAGUGAUUAUGGCAUCGUCCCAUCCAUGGAGCAUUAUGUAAGUGUUGUUGACAUGCUGGGGAGUACAGGGCAUCUGGAUGAAGCAUUGGAAUUCAUUGAGAAGAUCCCAUUUGAGCCCAGUGUUGAUGUUUGGGAAACUUUAAUGAAUCUCUGCAGAGUUCAUGGGCACUUGGAACUUGGGGAUCGUUGUGCUGAGCUUGUGGAGGAACUAGAUCCCUCCCGCUUGAAUGAGCAAUCAAAGGCAGGCCUUGUACCUUUGAAAGAUUCGGACCUUAAACAAAAUGAGAAGAAGAAGCUGGCAAGUCAAAGUCCUCUUGAAGUCAGAAGCAGGGUCAAUGAGUAUCGUGCAGGAGAUACAUCACAUCCUGAGAAUGAUAGAAUCUAUGCACUUCUAAGAAGCUUGAAAGAACACAUGAAAGAAGCUGGUUAUGUUCCUGAAACAAAAUUUGUCUUGCAUGAUAUAGAUCAGGAAAGCAAGGAAGAAGCUCUUCUUGCUCAUAGUGAGAGACUUGCUCUUGCUAAUGGUCUCCUCACUACUCCGGCCCGUGGACAGAUUCGUAUAAUCAAGAAUCUCCGUGUUUGUGGUGAUUGCCAUGUUGCAUUUAAGAUCAUGUCGAAGAUUGUUGGCAGAAUGAUCAUAAUGCGAGAUGCUAAGAGGUUUCAUCAUUUCAGUGAAGGGAUAUGUUCUUGUCGAGAUUAUUGGUGAUUAAAAUAGAACUUGAGGGAAUGGGUGUUGUUCGGAUAGUUUCUAAAACUGAGGCAGUUUAUAGGUUCCUGCACCAUCGGUUGGCUGGGAUAAAGCGCUUGGUUUAUCGAACAAGCAUUGUCGUUAGUUUGAAUGCAAUCAUAGUUAGUUCUUUCAUUAACAUGUUUCAUCUUUCAAAGUCGACAUUGUCAGCAAAAGCCGGCAGCCUGUUAUUUUGCCAUUUAUAUUCAAUUUGGGUGCAAAAUGCAACGUGCGAAAUCAGGAAAUAACUCAUUCGAGCAGCAGCAUAGACGCAGGUAAUGUAAUAUUCUAACUAACUCAUAAGAGCGUAAAUGAACAUUAUGGGUAUAGAGAUGGUUGUGGAUUUUGUUUUCUUUAAUAA